AUGAGCGCCAUCGUAGGAGCCGCGAGUGCCAUCGGCGCCGCAACGGUCAGCGCGGCAACGAGCGUCGGCUGGUUCAUGCCCAUGCUGGUUGCCGCGAUCGCAUACUUCCAGUACGAAAUGAUGGACCCGGAAUCGAGGCCGAUAGAUGUACCUAGCGAUGAAUUAUUAAGCGCGUAUGAUUUUAUUGUGGUCGGGGCAGGAUCUGCAGGAGCCGUUGUUGCCAACCGAUUGUCAGAAGUUGAAAACUGGAAUGUUCUAUUACUAGAAGCCGGUGGUGAUGAGACUGAAAUAUCGGAUGUGCCACUAUUGGCUGCCUAUCUGCAAUUGAGCAAACUUGAUUGGAAAUAUAAAUCUGAACCGCAAGGAACCGCAUGUUUAGCAAUGAAUGGAGGAAGAUGCAAUUGGCCGCGCGGCAAAGUCAUCGGUGGCUCUUCAGUUCUGAACUACAUGCUUUACGUACGCGGGAACAGGAAUGACUAUGAUAAUUGGGAACAACAGGGUAAUCCUGGAUGGGGAUACGAUAACGUGCUGAAUUACUUCAAAAAGUCAGAGGACAAUAAAAAUCCUUACCUCACAAAGACUCCUUAUCAUUCUGAAGACGGAUAUUUGACAAUUAGUGAAGCACCCUACCAUACGCCAUUGGCCGCGACUUUUGUGCAGGGUGGAGUAGAAAUGGGCUAUGUUAAUAGAGAUAUUAACGGAGAAAAACAAACUGGAUUCAUGAUAGCACAGGGAACGAUUCGUCGUGGUAGCCGUUGCAGCACGGGAAAAGCGUUUUUGCGACCCGCUCGUCUUCGUAAAAAUCUCCACGUAUCAAUGCAUUCACACGUCACAAAAAUAAUGAUAAAUCCUACAACUAAGGAAGCUUAUGGCGUCGAAUUUGUUCGUGACCGCAAAUUACACAGAAUAAGAGCCACUCGCGAAGUGAUUGUUUCGGGCGGAUCCGUCAACUCUCCACAAAUUUUAAUGCUAUCUGGAAUAGGACCACAGGCUGAACUAACUAAACAUGGCAUACCGGUCAUUCAAGAUUUACAGGUUGGCGAAAAUCUUCAGGAUCAUAUAGGAUUAGGCGGUCUCACGUUUAUGGUUAAUAAACCUGUAUCUAUAGUAGAAAAUAGAUUUCAUUCCAUAUCUACCGCCAUGCAGUACGCAGUAUUUGGAGAAGGUCCUCUCACCAUUUUAGGAGGAGUGGAAGGGCUUGCAUUCGUCAACACAAAAUACGCAAACACGUCAAUGGAUAAUCCAGAUAUAGAAUUCCAUUUCAUAUCUGGAUCCACUAAUUCGGAUGGAGGUGGUCAAUUAAAAAAAGCGCAUGGCUUGACGGACGCGUUUUAUGAAAAAGCAUUUGCUCCAAUCAAUAAUAUGGAUACUUGGAGUGUGAUACCAGUAUUGCUGCGUCCAAAAAGUCGUGGAUCAAUCAAAUUGCGUAGCGCAAAUCCUUACGAUUAUCCCUAUAUAUAUCCUAAUUAUUUCUCCGACGAACAGGAUAUCAAAACACUCGUAGAAGGUGUGAAGAUAGGUAUGGCGUUGUCGAGGACUAAAGCUUUCCAAAGAUUUGGUUCCGAAUUGUCUCACUAUGUAUUUCCGGGAUGCGCACACAUACAAAAAUAUACCGACAAAUUCUGGGAGUGCAUGAUAAGGUAUUAUUCAGUGACAAUUUAUCACCCUGUAGGCACGUGUAAAAUGGGCCCUUAUUGGGACCAAAAUGCCGUUGUCGACCCCAAAUUAAGAGUGUAUGGAGUAAAAAGGCUUAGAGUUAUUGACGCUAGUAUUAUGCCCAAUUUAGUGAGUGCGAAUACUAAUGCGCCAGCCAUAAUGAUUGGUGAAAAAGGCUCCGACAUGAUCAAGGAAUUCUGGCUCAAACACCCAACAUUCUUCGUGGAUCAGAAUAAAAACGAUAAAUCGCCGAUGCAGCACAACAGACCUAGAACAAAGCCGGUGAAAAAGUGCAAAGAACUUGUUAGAUUAUUCUCUAGUAUGCGCAUUUUAUUAUCAAUGGCGCCAAGUUUUGCUUUCAUGCUGUUAUUGCACAAUUCUAUAAAUCAGCAAAGACCAGAUAUAGUAGACCCUGAACAUAGGGUCAAAGACUGUGAGAUACCAAAUCUCAGGGAAAAAUAUGAUUUCAUAAUAGUUGGAGGCGGAUCAGCGGGGGCGGUCCUCGCAAACAGAUUAUCGGAGAAUCCGCAUUGGAAUGUGCUUUUGGUCGAAGCUGGUGGCGACGAAGGCUACAUGUCGGACAUCCCAUGCAUGUUCGCGGCAUUGCAGCAGACGCAUAUCGAUUGGAACUUCAAAACAGAACCAUCGGACAAAUAUUGUUUAGGUAUGAAGAACCAACAAUGCAAUUGGCCUCGCGGUAAAGUGCUCGGUGGUUGCAGCACGAUAAAUGCAAUGCUGUACAUAAGGGGCAAUCGAAGAGAUUACGAUAGAUGGGCAAGCUAUGGAAAUCCUGGAUGGGAUUACGCAAGCAUUUUGCCAUAUUUCAAAAAAUCUGAAGAUAUGCGAAUUCCUGAGUUUCAAAAUGAAUAUCAUGGUGUGGGGGGCGAAUUAACAGUCGAACAUUUUCAAUAUUGCACUCCGAUGAUGGAGGCUUUUCUACAAGCAGGCAGAGAAAUGGGAUACCCCGUAAGAGAUGUCAAUGGAGAGUAUCAGACGGGUUUUACACAAAGCCAUGCAACUUUAAGAGAUGGUCUUCGAUGUAGUACAGCAAAAGGUUUUCUGCGUCCGGCAAGCCAUAGGCCAAAUCUUCAUGUUUGCUUAAAUGCUCAUGUCGAAUCCGUUCAAAUCGAUCCUUAUACAAAACAAGCCACAGGAAUCACGUUCCGUAAGCAUUUUAUACAGCACUCGGUAAAAGCAUCCAAGGAGGUAAUCGUAUCCGCUGGUAGCUUGCAAUCGCCGCAGUUGCUGAUGCUGUCAGGAAUAGGUCAGCAGGCACAGCUCCAGAAAUUUGGCAUUCCCGUCAUUCAUCAUUCGCCGGGUGUUGGUGAAAAUAUGCAAGAUCAUGUUGCCAUGGGCGGAGGGACUUACCUCAUAGAGUCGCCACCCGAUUUAGAAUACGCAUUUAUUGUUCCAAAAAUGGUUAAUGAAGAAUCGGUUUACAAUUUUGUUAGAGAUAAGAGCGGACCACUGUACUCUUUGCCAGAAGCGGAAGUAAUGGCAUUCAUAAACACCAUCUAUGCAAAUUAUACAGAUGACUAUCCAGAUAUACAAAUGUUUCUUAGUUCCGUUAGCGAUAGUACUGACGGAGGAAUGUUUGGUAAAAGAGACAAUGCCCUCACCAAUGAUUAUUACGCAGCGGUAUAUGAAAAUAUUCUAUACAGGGAAUCUUACUCGAUAGUGCCAUUAUUGCUAAGGCCGAAAAGCAGAGGCAGCGUAAAAUUGAAAAGUAAAGAUCCAAAAGAUCUACCUCUAAUCUAUCCAAACUACUUUGACCACCCUGAUGACAUAAAUACCUUGAUUGAAGGUGCAAAGUUCGCUUAUGACAUUUCCCAAACACCUAUAAUGAGAAAAUUAAAAGCAACAUUCAAUCACAAUCCCAUACCGGGUUGUGCUCACUAUCCGUUCGUGUCGGAUGAUUAUUGGCGAUGUCAAGCCAGACAUUACACAAUGACAAUCUUUCACCCUGUUGGCACUUGCAAAAUGGGCCCCCAUGAAGAUCCCAUGGCUGUGGUCAAUCCGCGGCUGCAAGUUUACGGAGUGAAAGGCCUAAGAGUGGUGGACGCCAGCAUAAUGCCGACGAUUGUGAGCGGCAACACGAACGCUCCAACGAUAAUGAUAGCCGAAAAGGCAGCGGACAUGAUAAAAGAGGAUUGGGGCUACUAUCAGUAUCCGGCGCCCCAACAAAAUAUUGUAUACCCGUACCCAUUAAAUGGGGUAUAUUGA